AUGCUGUUCUGGCACACGCAGCCCGAGCACUACAACCAGCACAAUCCCGGCAGCUACCUGCGCGACGUCCUCGCUCUGCCGAUCUUCAAGCAGGAGGAGCCGCAGCUGUCCCCCGAGAACGAGGCCCGCCUGCCGCCCCUGCAGUAUGUGCUGUGCGCUGCCACGUCCCCGGCUGUGAAGCUGCACGAGGAGACCUUGACCUACCUCAACCAAGGUCAGUCUUAUGAAAUCCGACUGCUGGAGAACAGGAAACUGGGAGAUUUUCAGGAUCUGAACACAAAAUAUGUGAAGAGCAUCAUCCGCGUGCUGUUUCACGACCGCCGCCUGCAGUACACGGAGCACCAGCAGCUGGAGGGCUGGCGGUGGAGCCGGCCCGGGGACCGGAUCCUGGACAUCGAUAUUCCACUGUCUGUUGGUAUCUUGGACCCCAGGGCCAGCCCGACCCAGCUGAAUGCAGUCGAGUUUUUGUGGGAUCCUUCAAAGAGAGCGUCUGCGUUCAUUCAGGUGCACUGCAUCAGCACCGAGUUCACCCCGAGGAAGCACGGGGGUGAGAAGGGGGUGCCCUUCCGGGUGCAGAUCGACACCUUCAAGCAGAGUGAAAAUGGGGAGUACACGGAGCACUUGCACUCAGCCAGCUGUCAGAUCAAGGUGUUCAAGCCGAAGGGAGCCGACCGGAAGCAGAAGACAGACCGGGAGAAGAUGGAGAAGAGAACAGCCCAAGAGAAGGAGAAGUACCAGCCAUCCUAUGAGACCACCAUCCUCUCAGAGUGCUCCCCGUGGCCCGACGUGGUUUACCAGGUGAAUAGUGCCUCAUCCCCAAGCUACAACGGCUCACCAAACAGCUUUGGCCUCGGCGAAGGCAACAGCUCCCCGACCCACCCGGUGGAGGCCCUGCCCGUGGGCAGCGAUCAUCUGCUCCCCUCGGCCUCCAUGCAGGACGCCCAGCAGUGGCUCCACCGCAACAGGUUCUCCCAGUUCUGCCGGCUCUUCGCCAGCUUCUCGGGCGCUGACCUGCUCAAGAUGUCCCGAGACGACUUGGUCCAGAUCUGUGGCCCUGCAGACGGGAUCCGGCUCUUCAAUGCCAUCAAAGGCAGGAACGUGAGGCCGAAGAUGACCAUUUACGUCUGCCAGGAGCUGGAGCAGAGCCGCGUGCCCCUGCAGCAGAAGCGGGACGGUGGUGGAGACCCCAACCUCUGUGUGUACCACGCCAUCUUCCUGGAGGAGCUGACCACCUUGGAGCUGAUCGAGAAGAUCGCCAACCUCUACAGCAUCUCGCCGCAGCACAUCCACCGGGUGUACCGCCAGGGCCCCACGGGCAUCCACGUGCUGGUCAGCAACGAGAUGGUGCAGAAUUUCCAAGAUGAAUCCUGUUUCAUCCUCAGUACCUUAAAAGCCGAGAGCAACGACGGCUACCAUGUCAUCCUGAAAUGCGGCCUCUGA